AAAAGUCCAAUAACAACAAUUAAAUUCAGAGAAGAAAGACUUGUAAAGAAAGAAGAAUCAAAGAAAAACAAAUAAAACAUAAUUAGAAACUUACGCAUGCAUCAGCUUCCGUAAAUCUUCUUCAUCUCUCUCUGUCUCUCUCUCCUCUCUGCUUUUUGCUUUCUAGGGUUUUUGAUCAUCUCUCAGGUGAAUAGGUUUCGGUAUAAUCUCAUCCCAAUGUCUGCUAAUUCCAAGUCGGAGAGGUCUGCUUCUCAAUCGGCGGAGACGGUGGCUGUUUCUAACCGUGUCGUGGCGUCACGGUCAAGUCGUCAGCCGCGUCUCUCUUUCUCCUCCUUUGCUCCGUCAUCAGAGCACGAUUACUUGAAGAAGCUGAAAUCCGAUGAGAUUUCUCCGACGAGAGAGGAAGUUCCGGUGUCGGUGAAGGAGAGAGAAGAAACGGAGGAGGAGGAAGCGAAGAGGACUUGGAAUCUUCGUCCGAGAAAGGCUUUUGGUGGUUUGAAGAAAGGAAACGGCGUAUUAGCGGCGGAGGUGUGCGGUGGCGGAGGAGGAGGAGGGGGUUCGGAGGUGAAGAAUCAGAAAUCAAGCGGAGGAAUGGAGCCGAAAUCGAACAGGCAGAGAGGAAUCCCGGCGGAAUCUCCCGGAUUAGGCGGUGGUGAGGUAGCGAACGAGAAUCGCAGGCUUUGGGUUGCUCUUUCACGAGACGAGAUCGAAGAAGAUUUGUUCAGCAUGAGUGGGAACAGGCCAUCUCGCCGGCCAAGAAAGAGGGCAAAAGCUUUGCAGAAAUAUCUCGAUGUCAUUUUCCCUGGAUUGUGUCUCGUUGGGAUGAAUGCUGAUUGCUUCAGAGUAUCCACUUCUCCGGCUAAGUGAUGAUCGAUGCAAAGGAGUCUUUUGGUGAAGGAAAAAGGGUAGAUAGGUAUGCUGGUGAUCAAGAAUCCAGAUACACCACAGUAGAAGAUAGGAAGGAGAUAUAUCAAGAGACAUGUUCUUGUCUCAUAUCAAACUUAGUAGUAACUAAAUUAUAAGUAAAUAUCGGUAAGUUCAUAUAAUUAUAGAUAUAUAAAGAAAAGAGAGCGAGAGGGGUUUGUUUUUGAGUUACUGAUGAUGAAAUGCAGAAAAUCGGUUAGUAAGAUGCGUCGAAGUUUAAUAUAAUGGUAGAGCAAAACAACAUAAUCUAUGUUAAAAAGUGAGUUUGUUAAACCA